AUAUAAUUUCAUUAUUGGAGUCAUCACUAUUGAAGCUAUUGAAGUUUUUGUAGUUGUUAGAGUUGGUUGUGAUUUUAAGUUAUUGCUAUUCAAGUUAUUAGAGUUUUUGUUAUUAUUAGGUUGUGAUUUUAUUAUUGAAGUCAUUGCUAUUGGAGUUAUUGAAGUCUUUAUUGUUAUUAAAUUGUUGUUAGAAUUGGUGUUUGUGAUUUAA